GCCUCUGGUGCUCGAUAACCAAUAGUACGAUUUGGUUUGAAUUCAAUGCAUUUACUGAAAAAUUCAAUCCAUUAAUCGCCUCGGAGAUACCAAGGGGUGUUCGUGCGCUGUGUACGUGAGUAGUAUAUAGGAGUAGAUAGGUGUGUUGCAAGGUGUUCGUCCGCGUCGUGCAGGAGGGAGAUGGAGGGGCUCGCCAAGAUCGGUCCAUGGGGCGGCGACGGCGGCGACCCGCAGGACAUCGCCCUCGGCGCCGGCGCGGCGCCGCACCGCCUGGUGAGCAUCGAGGUCAGGAGCGGCGGCGCCAUCGACGCGCUGUCCUUCACCUACGCUGCCAUCGACGGCGCGAAGCACGCCGCCGGGCCGUGGGGCGGCUCCGGCGGGGAGAAGCACAAGGUGAAGCUCGGCGAGGCGGAGCGCGUCACGGAGGUCUCCGGGACGCUCGGGCCGUGGGGCCCCCACGCGUGCGUCGUCAGGUCGCUGGCGUUCGUCACCAGCGCCGGGAAGACGCACGGGCCGUUCGGCGAGGAGGUCGGCGGCGCGGCGUUCCGCGUGCCGGUGAAGGGCGGCGGCCGCGUCGUCGGCUUCUUCGCGCGGUCUGGGUGGCUGCUCGACGCCGUCGGCGUCUACGUGCACCCGUGACGUGACGACGCAGAUGAUUUACUUGUUGUUGCAUGCGUUCUCUCUUCUGUCAGUCUUCUAGUUUUAUCUGAAUAUUGUUGAGGACUAUUUCCUUGGCUCCUGUUGCAGAACUCGUCUGAUCAACAGAAAUUUCCUCAGAAAUUUAAGCUGCCUUUCCCCGCUUCACCACGACGCUAGUACAUUUUUUCAGAACGUUCCAUCUAGCUCUCUAGUUUUUUUAAGCUGAACCGUUUGGUUGAGCUUUAGGUAGAUCUGAGAGUUGAAGUUCUACUAAACAUAUCCUCACCUGUUAAUUAUGAUUUAAGAUAAACUUUUAUAUUGUUGUUCAA